UUUAGCCUGGAGGACUCUUCUUGCCUAUGCCACUCCCCUCCCCUGCCCCCAACUCUCUCCUGCUGUCGUUGACUGGAUCUCGUUUUCCCGGUGAAGUUCUGUUUCCAAACUGUUCCCUGGAGCUAUAAGUGGAUUGGCAGUAAUGAGAGAUUAGGCGGUGGGAGAAGCACCGUGCCCUGUGCCGUGUCCUCUUCCUGCUGCGGCUGCCGAAAUGAAGUGCUUUUUCCCAGUGCUGGGCUGGCUGGCUGUGGUGGGUGUGGUGUCAGCACAGCGACAGGUCACCGUCCAGGAAGGACCCUUGUACCGCACAGAGGGCUCCCACAUCACCAUUUGGUGCAAUGUGAGUGGCUACCAGGGUCCCUCUGAGCAGAACUUCCAGUGGUCCAUUUACCUACCCUCCGCUCCAGAACGUGAAGUCCAGAUCGUUAGCACAGUGGACUCGUCCUUCCCUUACGCCAUCUACACCCAGCGAGUCCGGAGUGGGAAGAUCUACGUGGAGAGAAUCCAGGGGAACUCAGCCUUGCUGCACAUCACAGAGCUGCAAGCCCGGGAUGCUGGUGAAUAUGAAUGUCACACCCCCAACACGGAUGAGCGCUACUUUGGAAGCUACAGUGCCAAGAUGAACCUAGUGGUGAUCCCAGAUUCCCUGCAGACCACAGCUGUCCCCCAGACUCUGCACAAAGUGGAACAGGACCCACUGGAGCUCAGCUGUGAAGUGUCCACUGAGAGCGACCAGCACAGCCACCUCUCAGUAUCCUGGCUUCGGCGGAAGGGUGGCGAGAAGCCGGUGGAGGUCAUUUCCCUGAGCAGAGACUUCAUCCUGCACUCCAGCAGUGAAUACGCCCAGCGGCAGAGCCUGGGGGAGGUACGGCUGGACAAGCUGGGGAGAACCACCUUCCGCCUCACCAUCUUCCACCUGCAGCCUUCCGACCAGGGCGAGUUUUACUGCGAGGCUGCCGAGUGGAUCCAAGAUCCAGAUGGCUCUUGGUACGCCAUGACCAGGAAGCGCUCCGAGGGUGCUGUGGUCAACGUCCAGCCCACCGACAAAGAGUUCACCGUGCGCCUGGAGACAGAUAAACGGCUACACACAGUGGGCGAGGCAGUGGAGUUCAGGUGCAUCCUAGAGGCUCAGAACAUUCCUGACCGGUACUUUGCCGUCUCCUGGGCCUUCAACAGCUCACUCAUCGCCACCAUGGGGCCUAACGCUGUGCCGGUCCUCAACAGUGAAUUUGCCCACCGUGAAGCCAAGGGACAGCUUAAAGUGGCCAAAGAGGGUGACGGUGUCUUUGUACUAAAGAUAUACCACCUCCGCCAGGAAGACAGCGGUAAAUACAACUGCCGGGUGACAGAGCGAGAGAAGACUGUCACUGGCGAGUUCAUCGACAAGGAAAGCAAGCGUCCCAAGAACAUCCCCAUCGUCGUCCUUCCCCUCACAGAUAACUGGGUAGUUAAAGUCCCCCAGCAGCACCAGAUCCUGCCCCAAGGCCACUUGGAAAGCAGCAUUUCCGUGGAGGUGGCCAGCAAUGCCAGCGUCGUCCUUGAGGGCGAGGAUCUGCACUUCUCCUGUAGCGUCCGCACAGUGGGCAGACUCCAGGGCCGCUUCUCUGUCAUCUGGCAGCUUGUGGACAGGCAGAACCGCCGCAGCAACGUCAUGUGGCUAGACCGGGACGGCACCGUGCAACCGGGCUCGUCCUACUGGGAGCGCAGCAGCUUCGGGGGCAUCCAGAUGGAGCAGGUGCAGCCCAACUCCUUCAGCCUGGGCAUCUUCAACAGCAGGAAGGAGGACGAGGGCCAGUACGAAUGCCAUGUGACAGAGUGGGUACGGGCUGUGGAUGGAGAGUGGCAGAUCGUGGGAGAGCGCCGUGCCAGUACCCUUAUCUCCAUCACGGCUCUUGAAACGGGCUUUGCAGUCACAGCCAUCUCCCGGACGCCAGGGGUGACCUACAGUGACUCCUUUGACUUGCAGUGCAUCAUCAAACCCCACUACCCAUCCCGAGUCCCUGUGUCGGUGACAUGGCGGUUCCAGCCAGUGGGCACGGUCGAGUUCCACGAUCUGGUGACCUUCACGCGGGAUGGAGGGGUUCAGUGGGGAGACAGGUCAUCUACCUUCCGAACUCGGACUGCCAUCGAGAAGGCAGAGUCCAGCAACAAUGUCCGCCUGAGCAUCAGCCGGGCCAGUGACACGGAGGCAGGCAAGUACCAGUGUGUGGCAGAGCUGUGGCGGAGGAACUACAACAACACCUGGACACGGCUGGCCGAGAGGACCUCCAACCUGCUGGAGAUCCGGGUGCUGCAGCCAGUGACAAAGCUGCAGGUGAGCAAGUCCAAGAGAACCCUCACCCUGGUGGAAAACCGGCCUAUUCAGCUGAACUGCUCAGUCAAGUCCCAGACCAGCCAGAACUCCCACUUCGCCGUGCUGUGGUACGUCCACAAGCCCUCGGACGCAGACGGCAAGCUCAUCCUCAAAACCACGCACAGCUCAGCCUUCGAGUACGGAACCUACGCCGAGGAGGAGGGCCUGCGAGGCCGGCUGCAGUUCGAGAGGCAUGUGUCAGGCGGUCUGUUCAGCCUCACCGUGCAGAGAGCCGAGGUCAGCGACAGCGGGAGCUACUACUGCCACGUGGAAGAAUGGCUGCUGAGCCCCAACUACGCCUGGUACAAGCUGGCUGAGGAGGUUUCGGGGCGCACAGAGGUCACCGUGAAGCAGCCAGACAGCCGCCUGAAGCUCAGCCAAGCCCAGGGGAACCUGUCUAUCCUGGAGACCCGGCAGAUCCAGCUGGAGUGCAUGGUCCUGAACCGUACCAGCAUGACCUCCCAGCUCAUGGUGGAGUGGUUUGUGUGGAAGCCCAACCACCCAGAGCGAGAAGUAGUGGCCCACCUGAGCCGGGAUGCCACCUUCCACUAUGGUGAACAGGCCGCCAAAAAUAACCUGAAGGGGCGGCUGCACCUAGAGAGCCCCUCUUCUGGCGUGUAUAGGCUCUUCAUCCAGAAUGUGGCGGUCCAGGACAGUGGGACCUACAGCUGCCGAGUGGAGGAGUGGCUGCCCAGCCCCAGUGGUGUGUGGUAUAAACGAGCUGAGGAUACAGCUGGGCAGACAGUCGUCACCGUCAUGCGACCUGAUGCCGCCCUGCAGGUGGACACAGUGGUCCCCAAUGCUACCGUGUCUGAGAAGGCAGCUUUCCAGCUGGACUGCAGCAUCCUGUCUCGAUCAAGCCAGGACUCCCGCUUUGCCGUGGCCUGGUAUUCUCUAAGGACUAAAGGUGGAGGAAGAAGGGGCAGCCUUGGCAUUGAGGACCAAGAGGAGGAGGCGGUAUCAGAAGAAGAGGACGGUGAAGACCCAACAGAGAGGAUGGUCCUGCUAAGUGUGGGGCCUGAUGCUGUCUUUGGUCCCGAAGGCAGCCCCUGGGAGGGCAGGCUGCGCUUCCAGAGACUCUCACCGCUGCUGUACCGGCUCACUGUGCUGGAGGCAAGCCCCCACGACACAGGCAACUACUCCUGCCGUGUGGAAGAGUGGCUGCCCAGCCCUCAGAAGGAAUGGUACCGGCUAACCGAGGAGGAGUCAGCCCCCAUUGGCAUCCGGGUUCUGGACACAAGUUCCACCCUGCAGUCGCUCAUCUGCUCCAACGACGCGCUCUUCUACUUUGUCUUCUUCUACCCCUUCCCCAUCUUCGGCAUCCUCAUCAUCACCAUUCUGCUCGUGCGCUUCAAAAGCCGGAACUCCAGCAAGAACUCAGAGGGCAAGAACGGGGUGCCCCUGCUGUGGAUCAAGGAGCCGCACCUCAACUACUCUCCGACUUGCCUGGAGCCCCCUGUACUCAGCAUUCAUCCCGGAGCCAUAGACUAAGGGAGGUGACCCCCAGCAGACGUUGCCCGUGGCAGGGUCGGGUCAGAGGAGCCCUGUGGGCUUUUCCUCAUUGCUUCAUGCUCUGUGAUUGGACAGGCGACGGCACCCGAACUCUGCGGUUUCCCUGCAGGAACCAGUCAGACCUGGAGUGUGUUGGAAGAUCUCGGUCACGGAGAUGACUGCCUCCAGGCGGCAGUUCUGGUCAGCUCUUUGCACCCAACAUCCUGGGUUUCUAGUUUUUGGUUUUGGUACCGUAGUGCGUAGCUCCAGAUGCCGCAUCUCCUCGCCAGUCUGUCUCGUGUUUUCAGAUCGGUGCUACGGGGUUUCCUGUUCUGUGUAAUGUACUCUUUUAAGCCCCUUUGGUCCUCUCCGUGUGGAUCUCACAGUGUUGUGGAAGGGUUUCUCUCACCACUGAAAAGCAAGAGGAAGACGACU